AUGCAACGAAACCCGGACUUAAACUAUGGCCUUGUUGGUGCUAAUUCGGGCACUGACAGUGGCCCCGGAGAUUCCCGUGUUGGUGCUGCACGGAUAUCGACAAAUGAUGGGUUGGUGCAGGCUAAUGCCGUAGAGGAUGAUACGGCCGAGUUGAUGCAUGCCAAUCCGGUUGAUCUGGAAGCCGCCCAAAAUGGUGUACUCGAAAGGAAGCAGCAACAGAAAACUUUCUUGGCAGCAGUUCUUUGGCUGUUGCUGGUUGUUGCCAUUAUCGUGGGAUUCGUGGUGGGAACCCAAAAGAACAAGGAGCCGAAUGUGGCGGCCCUUGAGUCAACGGAGGCUCCAACCGUUUAUGGCUCCAUGGAACCUUCAGAAGGGCCAUCUUCCGCCCCAUAG